GAGCGGGGGCGUUGCCCUGACUCCGACAGCUUCCAAGACCCGGCUCUGGGGGCUAUGGCCGCAAGUGGCCGCCUGGCGCUGGGGACCCUUCCCCGGUCCAGCUGGGUGCGGGGCUCGGGCCCAGCCGUACUAAGCCGCCUUCGGGACGCGGCCCUGGUGCGGCCCGGCUUCUUGAGCACGGCCGAGGAGGAGACGCUGAGCCGCGAGCUGGAGCCCGAGCUGCGCCGCCGCCGCUACGAAUACGCUCACUGGGACGCGGCCAUCCACGGCUUCCGAGAGACAGAAAAGUCACGCUGGUCAGAGGCAAGCCGGGCCAUCCUGCAGCGUGUGCAAGCGGCCGCCUUUAGCCCUGGCCAGACCCUGCUGCCCUCGGUGCAUGUGCUGGACCUGGAACCUCGGGGCUACAUCAAGCCACAUGUGGACAGCAUCAAGUUCUGUGGAGCCACCAUCGCUGGCCUAUCCCUACUAUCUCCCAGCGUCAUGCGGCUGGUGCACACCCAGGAGCCGGGGGAGUGGCUGGAACUCUUGCUGGAGCCAGGCUCCCUCUACAUCCUUAGGGGCUCGGCCCGUUAUGACUUCUCCCAUGAGAUUCUUCGGGAUGAAGAGUCCUUUUUUGGGGGGCGUCGGGUUCCCCGGGGCCGACGCAUCUCUGUGAUCUGCCGCUCCCUCCCUGAGGGGAUGGGACCAGGUGGGCCUGGGCAGCCCCCCCCAGCCUGCUGAACGCCAGGCCCUUCCCUCAGGUUCUCCCCCCGCACCAGACACACACCACGUUUGUGAAUAAAGUUGGAAAAGAGACAGACUGGC